CCAUGACUUAUUGUCAUCUUAUCUGUCCUACAUUUGUGUUUUUGACAAUUACGUGUACCUUUCAAAAUGAAUGUUCAAAAUAUUGUACAAAGAUGCUUUUUGUUUAAUAUUUACAAGACUUUGAACAAUAACAAGACAAUAUUUCAAAACAGCAAGCUUUUGUACAGUAAAUAUGAUAAGGUUUUUGAAGAGGCUCCCGAGCCCAAGAAGAAAAAAGUUUUUAUUCCCAGGAUAACCUUAAUUUCAUCCGACGAAAGUAUCUCAGUGACCACCCUCGAAGAGGCCAAAAAGAUUUCCACAAGAAGGGAUUUGAAACUUGUGAAAAUUACAGAUAUGGACACUAAAACACAAAGGCCCAUUUAUAGAUUGAUGACAGGGGCUCAGUAUUUUGAGGAAGAUUUGAAACGGAGAGCGGAAAAGAAGGCAGCAAAAUCUGAAGCAUUUAUAAGGGAGAAAAACUCUUAACUGUGAAUUCAAAAAUAAGCGACAAUGAUUUAAUUCAAGAUUGAAGAAUAUAGUCAAGUGGCUCCAAAAACAAUAUGUAGUACAAAUGACUAUAAACGGAGACUCUGAACAAAUGGAAGCUGCAGAGCAAAUUUGUAAAAAAAUAGAAGGCCACUGUUCUGAAUUUGGACGCCUCUUACAAAAAAGAACCAAAAGUGGCCACAUUAAGUUUCAUAUACAACCAAACAAGCCAAAUUUAGACCAGCCAUCUAAGUCCAUACAUACACAAUCAAAUUCUUUAUGACAACUAAAGACGGACAAGAAUGAUGCUUCCAUGAAUCAAAAACAAGUUGUUAUAAUGGCUUCAUGCAUUGCCGGAGUAAUAUUUAUUAAGUAUUUUCUCUUAGGGAUAU